UUCAGCUCGAUCGUUGUUUGAUAAUAAAAACUGAGAAAGCUGAAAAGCAAAAUGGGAAGAUUACGUUCUUAUGUCUCAAAGUUACUAAUUUGCAUGGCGGUAUUGGCUGUGAAACAGGCGCUCCCAGAUCGCUCCUUCACCAUCGACUACGACAGCAACACUUUCCUGAAGGAUGGCCAGCCGUUUCGCUACGUCUCGGGGAGCUUUCACUACAGCAGGGUUCCAGCAUUCUACUGGCAGGACAGACUGGACAAGAUGAAGAUGGCUGGAUUGAAUGCGGUCCAGACAUAUGUGAUCUGGAACUUCCAUGAGCUCAAGCCUGGAGAGUUUAACUUUGAUGGUGAUCAUGAUAUCCUCUCGUUUCUCAAGAAGGCCAAUGAUACAGGUCUAGCCGUCAUCCUCAGACCUGGGCCCUACAUCUGUGGAGAAUGGGACCUGGGAGGACUUCCUGCAUGGCUUCUCAACAUUCCUGGCAUUGUCCUUAGAUCAUCAAAUGAUUUAUACAUGGCUCAUGUCACAGAAUGGAUGAAUUUCUUUCUGCCAAAGCUCCGGCCGUACCUUUACGUCAAUGGAGGGCCUAUCAUCAUGGUCCAGGUCGAGAAUGAGUACGGGAGCUACCAGACAUGCGACCACCAAUACCAGAGACAGCUCUAUCACCUGUUCCGUGCCAAUCUGGGUCCAGACGUGGUCCUCUUCACCACGGACGGACCAGGGGAUCACCUUCUGCAGUGUGGCACGCUGCAGGAUAUGUACGCAACGAUAGACUUUGGUGCAGGAUCCAAUUCCACAGGAAUGUUUCAAGAAAUGAGGAAAUUUGAGCCAAAGGGGCCUUUGGUCAAUUCAGAAUACUACACAGGCUGGCUGGACCACUGGGAGCACCCGCAUCAAACCGUGAAAACAGCAGCUGUCUGUACAUCACUUGACCAGAUGCUUGCUUUAGGUGCUAAUGUGAACAUGUACAUGUUUGAAGGGGGCACCAACUUUGGGUUCUGGAAUGGAGCGAACUACCCGACCUUUAACCCCCAGCCUACCAGCUAUGACUAUGAUGCCCCACUCACAGAGGCAGGAGACCCCACCCCAAAGUACAUGGCAAUCAGAAAUGUGAUCGGAAAGUAUCUUCCUCUACCUGCUGGACCCAUACCCCCUCCCACCAAGAAGUAUGCCUACGGGGUGGUGGAGAUGGAAUUCACAGCAACCAUCUACGACGUCUUGGAUCAGCUGUGCCCUUAUGGACCAAUCAUGACGGACUAUCCCAUUACCAUGGAAGCCAUGCAACAGUAUCAGGGAUUCAUGCUCUAUCGUACCAAGCUACCACAGGACUACACUAUUGCAAACCUGACCGUAGAUGGCAUCAGAGACAGGGGCUAUGUCAUCAUUGAUCAGGUUUGGGUUGGAACGUUGAACAGAGUGAACGCAACCACUAUGAACAUCACAGGAAGUGAAGGAAUGACCCUUGACAUUUUUGUAGAGAACCAAGGUCAUAUCAACUAUGGGUCAGGACUCUAUGACCCAAAGGGCAUCAUUAGUAACGUCACGUUAGACGGUGCCAUCCUUGAAAAAUGGUCCAUCUAUUCCUUAGACCUGGACAACAUUCUUCCAAAACUCCAAUCCCUCCAUCGUCAGGGGAAGCGCAAGAUGGGAAACACUGUCCAAGAGAGGGCGCCACACUGGAGAGAUGGAGGCUACGUACCAUCGUUCUAUCUAGGAUCAUUUCCAAAUCUUUCAGCGAUCGAUCCACCGCAGGAUACCUUCUUGAAGUCUAGCGGCUGGACAAAGGGCCAAGCCUUCAUCAACGACUUCAAUCUGGGCAGGUACUGGCCUCGGGCCGGACCCCAAGUCACGCUCUUUGUUCCAGCCAACCUACUUAGACCAAGUCCAGUCGAGAACACGGUCCUAUUCUUGGAACUAGAGAGACCGCCUUGCUUCAAUCAGACUGAAGCAUGUACUGUAGAGUUUAUAGAUCGACCAAUAAUCAAUUCCACUGUCGCUGCUAGACCAGAUGAGACGUUCAGGGACAGAAAGUAUAUUCCUGAAGGGCAUGAUUUUACUAAUCUCAAGCAUUGAAUUAUUUUAUUAUGAUAUUUCAUGUAAAAUGUGUUUUUAUAGACUGAGGCUAUUGGUGAAAAAUUGAAAUUAUAAUUGUAAAAUCUCUGUGUGCAAACCAUUGAGUCAAUAUUACUCUGUCAGUAUGUAUCAUCUAUCUGGAGCCACAAGGAAGUUAACUAUAUGUGAAAUGUUUGAGUUAAUGCCUUAGUAUAUAUUAGCAUCCACAGUAAAGAACAAUUCAAAAAUAUUGUAGAAAAGCAUCGUUUAAUAUACAUCUAUAUCUGUCCAAAUGCAUCAUUUUUCAUAAACCAAACAUUUAAAACCCCACUGUACUACUUGUAGCUACUUGCUCCCUCUAUAUAGAAAAAAAAUGCCUAAUCAGUGACCAUUGGUCCCCCAUGAUCCUCUUUUUCUUAUGUUAAUUGAGAGCUGAGUUGAUGAGAUAGCCACCUGUCAGUGACCACCCUGGGUGGUAUAAUCCCUCCCAACAGGCUUUAAGGCACAAUUUUAUAGAUAUGACUCAGAGAUGUAGCAAAAAUACAUGUAUACCGGUAUAUGCAUUCAAGUAGUAUUUUUAGACAAAGCAAGUACAUGUACAUGUACAUGAAGAUGUAAUGAAAUUUGACUGCUUUGCGUAACACCAUGCAGUGGUUAGUGCAUACAGUAUAUAUCACUAAAUCUACAAGUGUAUCUCUCAAAUAGAUUUCUAAUAAAAAUGCAUUAUUCUGAUGAUUCUCAUGCAUUUUGUAGUCAACUUUCCCACCUUGAAUCUAACUAAUCUUUUGUUUUAUGGUGCAUAGAACUUGAUCUUAUGUUUUGUAAAUAUUUUGUCCCUGGUCCAUUCAUGGUCCAUUCAUAGUGAGUUAGUGACCAUUGCGUAAGUACAUACAUAUUUUACAUGUAUGCAUGUGUAUUCAUGUGUAUUUUUCACAUGCAUUGUAGGAACGCUACUCUGAUGUUCAUGUACAUUAACAGUAUGUACGCUUUAUAAUCCUAUUGGGUAUACUAAUAUAGUGAUUCUGUUCAAAUUAUCAUUUCCCAAUAUUUUAGGGCUUUAGAUAUCAUUUUUAUGCAAGUUUUGUACAUAUUCUUUUUCUAUCAAAACUGAAAGUCAUCUGAAAUAAGACAGUAAGUUGCAAAUUAAAGGUACUCGCUUGAUUGAAGAAAAAAACAAUCAUAUUUAAUUGUCCCUUUUAAGUUUCAACAUGAUAAUGUAUUUGAUUGUCAGUGUGCAAUAAAAAUACAAGUGCUGGAAAUUGCUUCUCAAGUUUGAAUUGUUCAAUUUGUAGUAAGCCAUCGGUAUACAAUUUACUAAGCAGAAAAAUAUUAACAAUGUACCGGUACAUGUAAAUGUCAUUUAAUAAAUAAUGAUAAUUCUUGAUGUGAGUUUGACAGUCAAACAGAAAGUUUGAAAGUUGAAACGCAAGAAGUGCUUCGUAUUCCAUUUCAAAUAAAUGCCUCAAUACAUUUUUUAAACAAAUCUAAACUUUGUAACCGAAAAUUGAAAUGCGCAUUACGUCAUUGUGUUAGCCAAGAAAUUUGGCAGAAUCUUGAAUAAAUUAUUGAUCUUUUUA